AUGGUGUUCACGAAGUCCACCGCGGCUCUCGUUCUGUUCUGUUUGGUAUGCGUUGAUGCGAAAAUCAAAACUCGGUUCGCAACGGGCUUCCACCGGAUGGAUCGCGAGCUCCAGGGAGCACCGUCCAUCUGGAAUGGGAGUCUCCAUUCUGCCGCGCUGUGUCUCAGUGCGUGUCUGAAGCUGAGCUGUCAGUCGCUGACUUAUGGUGAAAGUGGAUGCACCCUGUAUGCGACAUAUCUCUGUCAUCCGGAGGACCGUUUCCACCUGUCACUGGUCAGCGCUCCUGGAGUAAAUUACUUCGACUUGAGCAGUGAUUCUCGCAAGUUCCAUUUGAUGAUCAAUAAAGAAGCUUGUCUGAUGUAUGGUCGCUGUUUGGAGAAAUGCGAUGAGGGCUCAUGGACUACGACAACGACGACGACAGUGCAUCCGCAGAACGACAUUGGGAAACACGAAGGAACGUUUCAAAACCCCGUUUCCCAUAAGCAUGGUUCGAGCUCGAAAGUUUCUAACUUGCACCUAUCACCAACGACCACGAGUCCUGGAAUGACUGCCUUGAACCAUCGUCCAAAGGCAGGAGAACAAAACGUUGUCGACAAGACGAGUGAGGUCGAUAAUGAAAAAAAUCCCAAACCUCUAGGUUCAGAAUUCGCGAAGAAGAAUAAUCAUGAUAACACUGACAAUCGUCUUGACACUUCAACCGAUGAGUCUUCCUUCGGAGCGGCCGACAACACAGGCACCACCGUCUCGACGUCUCCGACUGGACCGACCCUACCCCCGGAGAAAUUGGGCUCCGGACUCCUGCUCAUACAGUCCCCCAUGAACUUCGAUGACGCGUUGGCUUUCUGCGUCAAGAGCAAUAUGACCUUGGCGAUGCCGCAGAAUCAGAAAGAGCACGCCAUCUUGGUCAAGGCCAUGAAACGCCGAAGUAUCGUGCGUAUGUGGAUCGGAGUCAAGAAAGUUACUGCAGGCGGAACGGACGCGAUCUACGUCGACGGUCGAGCGGUAUCGAGGCGUUUACUUCUCUGGGGCGAAGGGCAACCGAACAACUCCCGAGGCGGACAAAUUUGCGUAGAAAUGAAUGCCAGUCUCAAGUAUCUGUGGAAUGAUUUCGAUUGCCUCUACAGGACCGCCUUCGUUUGCCGGUAG